AAAUAACUGUCAAUAUAAAAAAAGAACAAAGAUUUGUCAUCGCAUUUUGACGUAAACGUUCGAUUACGAGUGGGCUUACAAUUAUUUACAAAAAAUGGCGACUGAAGUAGAGGAAACCAUCAAGCGGAUUCAAGCCCAUAAAGGGGUGAUGGGAGUGAUCAUUGUGAACCACGAAGGCAUUCCGAUCAAGAGCUCUUUGGACAAUGCAACUUCAGUACUGUAUUCCGGUCUCAUUGGGCAGCUCACAGAGAAAGCUAAGAACGUUGUCAGGGAGAUGGAUUCCUCAAAUGACCUGACAUUCCUGCGUGUGAGGAGUAAACGCCAUGAGAUCCUGAUUGCUCCAGACCGCGAAUUCAUACUCAUUGUCAUACAAAACACAUCGGACUAAUCUAUCAGUAGUUAUAAGUGUUAAGUGAUGGUCAUAUUUUUUUUGCUUUAAGUAACUGAUCUCUAUUGUAAACACUACCGCGUGGCUCACUCAGCGAUUUCGUCGCUUUGCUACAGGUAGCUAAAAGUACAUCCGUUCAACCCCAAUUUUGGGGUUUUCCAUAAGCCGCGCGUGGCGCUGUCGCCACCUAGCGGCCAUAUCUGUGCUGAUCGUACCAGACGCGUUUUGUUAGAGAGUGAAUGUUCUGUACCUAGUACUAUUAUUUAUUCUGUGACACUACUUGAAACUGGUCUCAAUCACAAAUAAUUGGUUUAUAGCUCUUGUCUAUAUAUACAUAAUUUUGAUAUGAUAUAGAUUCCAUGUCAAGUAGAUCUGGGGGCACGUGCCUCCGCCAAGACAAGCAAAGCGCAAGGGCACUACCUACCAUUUCUCGAAGCGCUUCGUCGUUUUUUUUGAACCCUCAUAACUUUCAAGAUAGAGAUCAGUUACAUAAUCCUUAGGUGUUAUAAUUUUAAUUAUACUAAUAUUUUCAAACUAGCCAACACUAAGACAGCUACCUUCACAUUGAUUCAAAAAAUUGUAAGCACCCAGUAAAAAUUGUGACUAGAUCUAACUUCUAAAUGCAGAAUUAUUUACGUUACGGUUACGAGUGUAGAUUUUAAGUUUAACGAAAUUAUUUAUAUUUAUUUACUUUGAUAUAAAAGUUACGUUAUAAGGGCGCGUUUACAUUGUCAAAAAAAUUGUUUUUAUAAGGUGCGUCCAGGUCCGGCGAAUGCGCAGAGUUGCGCCUACUGUUUGCUCGUCUCGCUAACUGCUCGCGUGCUUUGUGUAGUAGGAUGCGCGAACGAUUCGUGUAAGGAGCACUAAUGACGUGAUUGCCAGAUCUGGACUCGCCUACCUACAGAACAAUCAUAAGAAUCGUAAAAUCUUUUAAAAAUAUUGCGGUAUAUCUGCGCAAGGCACUAACGUUAUAACAGCUGUAUUAUUCUAUGAAAAUCUUAAUAAAGCACUUUAUAUGCAA